AUGCACAUCACCAGCGAGAGGGCACAGUCUUUGCCAAUGUUGACCGCUGACAAGCAUGUCUCGCGCCAUCAAUACCUGACAUUCGCGACGGAUCUCUCUUUCCUGUCUAGAUCACACCCUGUCCCUCCCCCUGACUUGAAACACCUCGGAUCCCCCUACGACUGGUCAUGGCAGUACAAAGGGGUCAUGACAGGGGUGUCAUGCAUAGCAACCCUAUUUGCCUCCUUCGCGGCAAGUUGCUAUAGUCCCGGGGUAGCGCAGAUGGAGGCCAAAUGGCAUGUCAGUCAAGUCGCCACCCUAAUUGGGAUCACGACCUUCACCAGUGGCUUCGCAAUCGGCCCAAUGUUCCUCGCUCCUUUCCCAGAGAUUUAUGGUCGUAAGCCAGUGUUCAUUGCUACUGCCAUCCUAUUCACAGCUUGCCAAGUAUGCUGCGCCGUCACGCGCUUGUAUUCUGGGAUGUUGGUUGCGCGUUUCUUCUGCGGGAUCGGGGGCUCCACCUUUUCGACCAUGGUCGGAGGCAUUAUCGCGGACAUCUACCACGCCCAGAAUCGUAACGCUCCGAUGGCUCUCUUCUCUUGGGCCGCCCUCUUCGGCACCGGCCUCGGCCCCUUGGUCUGUGGGUUUAUUGACGAAUAUACUAGCUGGCGUUGGAUCUUCUACAUCCAGAUCAUCAUCGCCAGCUUGAUAACCGCUGCGGUCUUGGCCGUCUUCCGUGAAACGCGCGGGCCCGUGGUCCUCCGCGAGAAAGCCCGCCGGUUGAAUGAAUGGCAUACGGCCAUGGAGGAGGUCACCACCGCGACGAGGCAGACUGCUGGGGACAAGAAGGAAAAUCAUGAGCGCAUGGACUGUAUUCGAUGGCAGGUUGCUGCCGAUGCAGAACGUGCUGGCAUCCUGCAGCUCCUCCGAGCAUCAUUGCUGCGGCCCUUCACCAUGCUUUUCACCGAGCCGGUUGUGUUCUUUUUCUCCCUCUGGGCGGCCUUCAGUUGGUCUGUCCUCUACAUCAACCUCUCAGCUAUCCCGCUGGUCUUUGAAACGGUAUACUCAUUCUCGCUCUCCUCUGCAAACGCCAUCUUCGCGGCUUCUUGCAUCGGCACGACGGUGGCGCUGAGCCUAUGUCUCGUUGAGGAGUCGUUGGCUACCUGUCAUUGGAACCAGUGGAAGUGGGACCGCCAGCCGUGGAACUCAGUCCCCGAACACCGAUUGUAUUUUAGCUGCGUGGAGAGUUUACUUCUACCCCUAGGCCUUUUCCUUUUCGGCUGGUCGGCGCAGUGCCAGGUCCAUUGGAUGGUGCCUACAGUGGCGGUGGGGAUUUCUAACUUCGGAAUAUUCUCGAUCUAUCUUUCUGUAUUCAACUACCUGGCAGAUACUUAUCAUUGCUACGCCAGUUCCGCGCUUGCCGCCCAGAGCUUCUGCCGGAAUAUGCUGGGCGGAAUUUUCCCCUUGGUCUCCCGGCAGAUGUUCAACAAUUUAGGGUUUGGUGCUGCGGCCAGUCUGCUCGGAGGUCUGGCGAUGGCCCUGACGCUCGUACCAUGGAUUUUGGUGUAG